GUACUCCUAUGCCAUUUGUUUUUGUGUAAUUUAUGCCUUUGUGCUCCUGUUUUUGCUCACAAAAUGCGUGCGUCUGAUGCGCUCGUGUUCCUCGUCAUUCUCCUGCUGAGCGGCGGCCAAUUGUCUAGCGUCCAGGGAACCCUGUCGCCGAACGAUAAGCCGAAAAGCAAACACAAAGAAUUGCUGCGUGGCCCCCAAGACGAUGAUGUAUUUAGCCUGGGGUUGGUGUCGCCAGAGCCCCUUGCCAAGGAUAUUCUAGCCCAUCACAGAGCCUACCACAAGGACACGGCAGCCAGACGGUUCAAUGGCACCACCCUCGGUUAUGUGACGCCCUGGAACUCUCACGGAUAUGAUGUGGCAAAGAUAUUUGCCAAGAAGUUCGACAUCAUCUCCCCCGUUUGGUUGCAAAUUGUUAAGCAAGGAGAUGCCUAUGCGGUGGCUGGGAUGCACGACAUCGAUGCUGGAUGGGUGAGCGAUGUCCGCCGCAAGGGGAAGGUGCAACAGCAGCAGCUUCAAAGAACAGUCAAAGUCUUCCCUCGAUUUAUAUUCGAUCAUUUUACCGAUCGCGACAUCAAAUUAUUGCUCAGCGAUGCCAAGGAACGCACAAAAGUCAAUGACGUCUUGAUUAAAUGCUGCAAGGACAAUCAUUUCGAUGGUCUGGUGCUGGAGGUGUGGUCUCAGCUGGCAGGACGCAUUGAUGAUAAGAUUCUCUUCAAUUUGGUGCUACAAAUGGCAAAGGAACUCCAAAAGCAGCAGCUACGUCUUAUCCUGGUCAUUCCACCCUUCCGCAAAGACACGGGCAUUCUGUUUGGCGAGAAGCACAUGGAUACGCUGUACAAGCACAUCUACGCCUUCUCUCUCAUGACAUAUGACUUUUCUAGUGUGCAGCGACCUGGCGCCAAUGCUCCGCUAUAUUUUGUUCGUCAGGCAGUGGAGACGAUUGCCCCCAAGGGCUGUCAUGAUAUGGAGGCCAAGCGUUCCAAGAUUCUCCUGGGUCUGAAUAUGUACGGCAAUGACUAUACACCCGAUGGCGGUGGGCCCAUCACCUUUUCCCAGUAUCUGGAUUUGGUGAAGAAUGUAAAGAAGCAUUUAACCUACGAUGAGCGCGAUGUGGAGAACUUCUUUGAAAUCAAAAACGAAAAUGGUCGUCACAUUGUGUUUUAUCCCACUCUAUACUCCAUCAAUGAGCGGGUGAAGCUAGCACAGGAAUUGGGUGUCGGGAUUUCUAUUUGGGAGCUAGGACAGGGCCUUAAUUACUUUUACGAUCUCUUUUAGAUAGCAUCUUGCAGGCAUUUUCAAAAUGCAAUGCAAUGCCUUUUAAAACAAGUUUCCAAAUAAAAUGAUUGCUAUAUUAGCCUAAAUUCGAAA